AUGGCAAUGAAGGCGGAAAAUGCAGGUGUAAACUCAGAAAGCACGGGUUUCGCUCUCGCUAAUGAGAUUAGAUUUCUUGUCGAGUUCCAGAAACGAUGGCGCGAUCAGGUCCACAACAGCGACCACUUACAACCUAUUUGUGACUAUGGUCAUUCGAAGAAGUAUAAAUUCAUGAUAUUGCCCCUGUUAGGACCUAAUCUCGAUCAGUUGAGAGACGAAAUAAAGUCAGAAUUCUCGUAA